AGUACAGGAUAAAGUUUUGAUUUUACAAACGUGUUUAUUUAUUAUAGCAUACUGGAAGUUCUCUGUAUCUAUUGGCGUUGGCAUUGGUGUCUCGCGUUUUGCAGCUUCUCCGUUUUCAACAAACACUUAACCUGAUCAGGUAGAGAGACAUGGUACUUUCUUCUAGUGGACUUACUACUACACAGCCACUUUUUUCUUUUGGAUUGAUUACGGAUGUCCAAUAUGCUGAUAUUCCUGAUGGUCGCUCAUUCCUUGGUGUUCCACGGUAUUAUAGGCACAGCAUUCUUGUGUUGCAGAGAGCAGUUAAAGAAUGGAACACUCACCAAAAGCAUAAGUUUGUGAUCAAUUUUGGAGAUAUUGUUGAUGGGUUUUGUCCCAAAGAUCAAUCUCUUGGUGCUGUACAGAAAGUUGUGGACGAAUUUGAGAAGUUCAAGGGGGGACCUGUGUAUCAUAUGAUUGGAAAUCACUGCCUAUACAAUCUCCCUCGCAGCCAGUUGCUUCCGUUAUUGAAGAUCCAAAGUCUUGAUGGCCGUGCAUACUAUGAUUUUUCACCGGUGCCUGAAUAUAGAUUUGUAGUUCUGGAUGCCUAUGACAUCAGUGCCAUUGGUUGGCCACAAGAUCAUCCCAAAACAUUGGAGGCCAUGAAAAUCCUAAGGGAGAAAAACCCAAAUGAAAAUAAAAAUAGUCCAACGGGUAUGGAGGGGCUUGAAAGAAGAUUUCUCAUGUUCAAUGGAGGCAUUGGAAGGGAACAGAUGGAAUGGUUGGAUGGUGUUCUCCUGGAAGCAACAAAAAAGAAGCAGAAGGUUGUUGUUUGUUGCCAUCUGCCUUUAGAUGCCGGUGCAGCAAGUGAGAAGGGACUGUUGUGGAAUUAUGAUGAAGCAAUGAAUUUGAUACAUAGAUACAACUGUGUUAAGGUAUGUCUUGCUGGACAUUAUCAUAAAGGAGGAUACUCUAUUGAUUCUCAUGGGAUACACCAUAGAAUUAUUGAAGCCGCUUUGGAAUGUCCUCUUGGUACAAAUGCAUUUGGACACAUUGAUGCCUAUGAUGACAGAUUAUCUCUUGUGGGAACUGACAGAAUGAAAAGUACAGACAUGCAUUUUUAUCCUACAAGUUAGUUUGUAUGACUUGAUGUUUUGAUGCUUUGGAAGAAGAAUGAUUCUAAAUCAUCCUUGUUUUCUAUGGUAAGUAUUGAAAGUAUUUUUGUAUUUCUUUAUAAAGAACUAGGAAAAUGCUAAAGAAGAUAUAUUGGAAGAUUACCUUUUAUCUUUUAUCAAUCAUUGAUAGAGUACCUAUGAUCUUGUUUUAGUCUACCAAAAGAAGUUUCAAUUUGAAGUAAGUUAGUUGAGCUCAUUGUUCCUUUC